UCGAUGGAAGGUGAAGCUUCGUUCGAAAAAAUUCUUAUCCAUCUUAUCAUGGAGUGAAAUAUUAACCUUUUUCUUACCAGAAUUAUAAGAAUUAUGUUUCAAUAACGAAGAAACAACAAUAAUUGUCUCAGUGAAAAUUCACGAAUCGACAUUCAAACGAUAAAUAUAAAAUAGUCUGAAUACUGCAGUUAUUCUCAUUGAGAAUGAUAUGGUCCAAGGUACAUGUAUAACAACUGGCAGGAGGGACUGAUAGUGGGUGCUUACUUCUAUGGUCAAACGAUUACCUCAUUACCAGGAGGGCCAAUUGCAGAAUACUUUGGAGCUUGGAUCUCAGUAUUCUGCAGUGCUUUGCUCAAUUCUGGAAUGACCUUAAUAGCGUUGUUUGUAAUAAGUGAUAACUAGGUACCUCUUUUUGUCUGCCGGUUCUUCAUCGGACUGAUAUCUGGUGUCCAGUAUCCAGCGCUUCAGUGCCUUAUAGGCCGAUGGGCACCACCAAAUGAAAAAAGCAAGUUCUCAGCUUGCCUCAUGGGAAAUGUCUUCGGCUCAGUCUUGGCUACCACCGCUAGUGGUUUCUUGAUCCCUAGAUUAGGCUGGCAGUCCACUUUCUACGGGAUCAUCUUGAUGAGUUUGUGUUUCAGCAUCUUCUGAUUCUUGCUGAUUGCUGAUUACCCCUCAAAGUCAUGGUGGUGUAGCAAGGAAGAAGUAGAAUUCAUAAUGGACAGUCACCAUGGGUCUAUAGAGCAAGGAAAGGUUAUACCUCCUUUUCUCAAAAUAUUCACUUCUGUCCCCUUCAUAGUCCUGGUGAUAGGGCAAUUCGGCAGCCUUUGGGGUUUGAACCUGAUCGUUACCUCAAUGCCCAAAUUCAUGGCUGAAAUUUUACAAUUCAACAUGGAGAAGAUGGGAACUCUUGCUGCCCUUCCAAGUUUGGCACGUUUGAUAAUGGGUUUCAUAUUCGGAGGUAUUGCUGACUUUCUCCUCAAAAGGGAGAUAGUUCAGAAUAAGGCUAUAGUGAGAAAGGGCUUCGUGGUCUUCUCCCAUUUGCUUCCUGGGAUCACUUUAUUCUGCUACACCUUCAUCAGCGCCAGUGCAGAGUUGGCAGUCAGCUUCUUGGUCAUUAUGCUUGGAUUCAAUGGCGCAACAGUCGUUACCAUGCUGGUGAAUAAUCAAGACCUGGCACCAAAUUUCGCGGGCACCCUGUAUGGAAUUAUGAACUGCUUCGGAUCAAUGCCUGGCUUCAUAAUUCCUGCUAUCAACGCCAAGAUAUUAGAAGAAAAGAGUGAUUGGUCUAGGUGGACAACAAUUUUUUCCAUCGGUGGAAGUGUCUAUAUUAGUACGGGACUGCUGUUCAUGCUUUUUGGGUCUGCAAAGUUACAACCUUGGAAUGAAAAGAAGUUCAGGGAUAGCCAAAAUAUCAAUAGUAAUGCACCCAGCUAAAUAAUAAUUAUUAUCCAAUGUAAAAACUCCAAUUGAUUAGAAGCCAAUAAACAGAUUGGUCUGUGGUACAAUGUAAAA